GUUGACCGUCGGUAAUCCAUUCUAAUUUCUGAUUUUGGUUAACGUCUAUCAAAUGUUACUAUGACGGGUAGGCAAGACUCUACUGCCGGCUUAAUAUUCAUGUUACCGGCUACGGCUAGCUCUUUCUUUUUCGAUUUAGUCGAGGCAGUUUAAUUCUGAAUCACUAUAAACUCCUCUGCUUUCUUCAUUUCAAUCCAUGGAAGCUUCUGUUAGGCUCUUCAAUGUCUCCACUCUCAACCGUCGUCUCUUCUUCACCACUACUGCAAUCAAAUUCCCUCCAAAGCUUUCUGUAAACGACGUCGUUCCUCGACGCACCUUGUGCCACUCUCGUAUUUGUUCUUCAUCUUACCCCCUCAAUCCUAACCCCUUUAACCUCUUCCUCUCACUUUCUUCGUCUCAACACUUUAAUUACUCUCAACUUCCACCCAAUAAUAAAUUUAACCCCUUCUCCCACCCAAAAGACAUCGGUUUCAGAUGGCAUCUAGCUCCGAGGAGCGUGACUGACGGCGAAAAUGUAGCUCUCUUUGGGGACAAACAAAGGGUUGUUACGGUGGUCUUGUUAGGUUGGCUUGGAGCCAAACCCAAUCACUUAAGGAGAUAUGUAGAGUGGUACAAUUCGAUAGGAUUUAACGCAAUUACAUUCGUCAUUGACCCCGCUGAGGUGUUAUGGUUCGAUUUAGGACAUCGGGUUGAAAACCGUGUCUCCCAGUUGGCAAACGAGGUCGUUUCAUGGGUCUCAGAUAAGGAAGAAGAUGGUAGAGAUAGGUGUUUGGUUUUUCACACUUUUAGCAACACUGGUUGGUUUGUCUAUGGUUCCAUUAUUGAUGGUUUGCAGGAUAGGCAGGAGGUGAUGGACAAGAUCAAAGGAGUUAUUGUUGAUUCUGGUGCAGCUGAACCAUUUAAUCCUAAGGUCUGGGCGGCCGGAUUUGCUGCCGCUUUUCUGAAGAAACGUAGCUCUUCAGCAAACCCUAUAGUAGAGGUCGGAAAAGUCAAUGGAUUAGAAAGUGAAGUAAGUGCAUCCAAAGUGCAAGAAAAGGGGCCAGAAAUGAUAGAAAUUAUGCUGUUAUCAUUAUUGGAGAAGCUCUUCUCUUUUCUUUUGAAUUUGCCUGAUGUGAAUCGGAGAUUAACAAAGGUUGUUUCUGCUCUCAAAAAGAAUCAGCCAUCUUGUCCUCACCUUUACCUUUAUAGCACGGGUGAUAAGGUGGUACCAUUUAAGUCAGUAGAAUUGCAUAUUGAAGAGCAGAGGAAGAUGGGAAGAAAGGUGUUUUCCUUAAACUUUGGGUUGUCUUCGCAUGUAGAUCACUUUCGGACUUUCCCCAGCAGAUAUUUAUCAGAGCUCCGUAAUUUCUUGAAAGAGUGUUUUACAACUGUAAAGCAGAAGUGAAUCCUGCAAAUGCAGAUUACUGGGUAUAGAUUUUUAAUUAUAAUUUCUUCCACUGCUACUGGGUGGCAGUGAGACAUGUUGUAGUAAGAUCACUAGGAAAUAUAUGUGAAGUAAAUCAAUCAUCUUCCAAUAAUGUUGUGGGAACCAACACUAAUUUUCUUUUGAAAAUGGAAAAAGUAAAAUAAAAAUAAAAAUUCUUGCUUAUAUUCUGAACCUACUUCAGUCAAUUUAGUCUCCACUGUGGAAAUGGUGCAGAAGGUUGUUGUUAAAGGAAUAGUUAAGCGGGUGGGAAUUUGAACUGUUGAACUGUCCGAUGGGCUUUAUGGUUUGUAUUGGAUGUAGAAUGUAGGACCAGUUCUUAGUGGUUGGAAUAAUGCCCUGCGGAUUGGAUACAAAGAAUUUAAGGAUCUUGUAAGUUGUUAUUCUGAUUAUUAA